GACUGUCCCCCGUAAACAAAUGACAGGAUUCUUUUUUUUCCUUUUUUUUUAUAUCUCGCGACGUCAAGUUGUAAAAAUCGAUUACACCUCGUGGCGGUGUCCGAUGGCGCCCGACGCUCGUCGGGUUUCCGAAUGAGAGUUUACCAUGUGUUCCGUCGACGGUGGGAUUCGCGAAACGAUGAGGACAUCCCGGCCCUAUGAACGGCAGAAAAUUCCGGCCAACCAGUGAAAAACACCGCGAACAUUCGCCGCGUCCGUCAUGGAGACCGUCUACGCCGUAAUGUGCUCCUUAAUUCUGAUGCUUCCCCUCAUCGUCCAGCUGUACAUGCUAAUCACGGACCCCACGAAACUGUUCACCAUCUUCCACUACUACGCGAGCGACGAACAGGCGGCGAAAGAUCUGUCGCCGAAGCUGUUGGAGCACUACUCGAGGAAUCGGUCGUCGUUCGAUUCGAAAUCGGACUCGGAGAUGCUGGUAACGACCUUGAAGAGCGUGUCGUCGACGCCGGCAGCGUUGUCGCGGAUUUGGUCCACGACAAGCGCGAAGAAGAAGGGUUCGUCCUUGGCAUUGGAGACGAAGCACUCGUUCGCGUUCGUCGAAACCGACGCUGCACUGCCGUUGGUGGGAAUCGGUUGCACCUACAGCUGGUACAGGCACAAAGCUUUCGAGGAGUGCCUGCUGGACCAUUAUGGGCCCAGGUACCCGCCCGGCGAGGUGGUGCUGAACUCGAUGCAGCUGCAUCUGCUGGACUCGAGGAGCAGCCUCGGCCCCGGCACGACCGGUCUCUUUGACUUCGUCAAAGAGAGCGAGCCGGCGCUGAACGGUCCGGAGGUGUCGAGGAACCUGGAAAUUGAGUAUCUUAAUCCGUUGGAUCACUUUGUGACCAGGCAACUCCGCAGACCCUUGACCGAGGAGAGAGCCACCGAAACGCCCGGCGACCGCCACGAACUGGAUCGCCGGGCGUCAUCUGACAACGCGGCCCCGGAUCCUAUCAAAGCCGUAAUCACCGCCCGGGAAAAGAAUGCCCGGAUCAAUCGGAGAUCCGGCAAAAAGAUCGAAACAGCCCGCAAACGGGAUUUGUCUUCGCUUAGGCGUGUUUAGGGGAGGUCCGGCCACCGGCUAGGCCUCUUUGAGCGAGAGCAGAACCCGCGGAUGGAUUGGACGCGGGACCGAUCGAAGGACGAAGGACGUCUUUCACGGAUUUUCUCGUGAACAAAGUGCGCAAAAACCUAUAAGUGAUUGAACGAACGUUCGAUCGAACACCUAAAUGGUCCGAUCGCGUUGUCGACUUGAUUGGUAAAAGUUGAAGUUUUUGGGAUGAUGGUCUUCGCGAGGAACGUUCGCGUCGCUGUCGGUGGCUUUGAUUCCAAAAUCGGAACAAUGUCGGAUAAACUGGCAAAUGCGAAUGGCGGACGGCAACAUCGAUUAAGAACGAUAGCGAUUCGCCUCUUCGCGAAGGAGCUUCGAAAACGUGCCACAGUCCGCAGAAAUUGUUGCCAAAAAGCCCUCGUCAGACCGAGAAACCGAAAUCCGCCGGGGGAAAAAAGAACUGGCGCCGCCGCCGCCGCGGCGGGAUGAAAAAUGGCGUCGGCGUCCGUAAAAUUCUGGGGGAAAUCGGAACAAGCAAUUUCACGGAACGAGACACUUUCGCAACUUUCGGAAGCGUAGAUUUAAUUCGGAGCGUUUUAUGAACGAUCGCCGAUUCCGGCGGUGGAUUCCACGGGGUCGCUCGAAAUUCCCGGCGGCGGGAUAAGAGAUGUCCGAUUGUAAUUAACGAUAAGGAAAGGAGGCGAUUUCCGGAUCGCCAAUAAUGAACAUUAGGUUUAAUUGAAUCCUCCUGGCGGGAAGUUCAUAGAAGACGUAAAACAAACUAUCGCCAUGCGGGCCACGUGGGACCGUAUUCACCGGCCGGAUCCCUAUAAAUCCUUUUCUCUCCUCGUGCAGCCCGCCUUCCAUCUUCUACGCUCUCCUCGGCCGAGUUUUUUCGCCGAGCUGCGACUGCCAGCUUCCGGUCUGGAAUUUCCGGCUUAGCUUAAGAGCUAAUAGCACCGCGCCGGGAGAGAGAGCUUCACUUUUCUCUGCCGCCGCGCGCGGAUCCCUGUAUCGGACCCGCUCCCUUCGAUUUUCUUCGCCGUGGAAUCGCUCCUACGGCUAAAUUAAUUCCCGUCCGCCAUUUACAACAACGACGCCGUGCGGGAAACACUAAUGAAUCAUUCGAAUGCAACGGAUCGAAACGAAACCGCCCGGAAAACUGUUCCGCGCCGCUAAUUCUUUCAAAUAUCCGAGCGACGCUCGAUGCAAAAGGACGGUCUUUUCUUCGUUGACUUAGGCUCUAUGCGUUUGCAAUCAAUUCUCUUGCGGAAUUAUGAUUGCGUUAGAUCGCUGUGCAGUGUAAUAUAAUAGAUAGACCGCGGAUUUUACGAAUUUAUGGCAGAAAUGAUUAACUGAAUCAGAAAAUCGCGAAGAAACUAUUGUAGAAGAAUUUAAUCAUAUUAUUACGCCAUAAUUAACUUAUCAAGAUUAUUGAAAUUAACAAUUUGUAUUUGUUUAA